CGUCGUUUUAACUCGGAACCAUAAAUCAGACAUAACGGGAUUUCAGCGAAAGCGGAAGGAGCGGGACAGGAAGCCUCUUUCGUGCGCCCUCUGAUCCAACGCCCGAACCUCGUUGCUGGAGGAGACGCGAGUAGAGGCCGCCCUGACUGACUAACCGAGCCAGCCGUCCCCUCCCUCCCCGCCUCCAGCACCUCCAGCACCCCCAGCACCAGCCGACAAGCCGGCAAAAGCACAGCCCCUUUGUCCUACUUGUAGCUCCCUCUCAAAUUCUGCCGGCUGCAUUUUAAUCGCGCCUGUUAUAUCCUUUCACCAUGGCGGCUAGUGCGAAGCGAAAACAGGAGGAGAAACACCUGAAGAUGCUGCGAGAAAUGACCAGUUUGCCUCCCAACAGAAAGUGCUUCGACUGCGACCAGCGCGGCCCGACCUACGCCAACAUGACCGUGGGCUCCUUCGUGUGCACCUCCUGCUCCGGCAUCCUACGAGGACUGAAUCCACCCCACAGAGUCAAGUCUAUCUCCAUGACGACCUUCACGCAACAGGAAAUUGAGUUCCUUCAGAAACAUGGAAAUGAGGUAUGCAAACAGAUCUGGCUUGGUCUUUACGAUGACAGAAGCUCCCCAGUACCAGACUUCAGGGAACCUCAGAAAGUCAAGGAGUUCCUUCAAGAGAAAUAUGAGAAGAAGAGAUGGUAUGUGCCUCCUGAACAAGCCAAGGUAGUGGCAUCAGUCCAAGCUUCCAUUUCUGGGUCUUCAAACAGCAGCACCAGUAGCACCCCAGAGGUCAGACCACUCAAGUCCCUGCUGGGGGAAGCUGCCCCGACUCUCCACCUCAACAAGAAUACCCCACCAAAUCAGUCUCCAGUGGUGAGCCGUGCACAAACGCAUCAACAGCAGCCUCAUGACAAGAAGUUUGACCUUCUCAGUGAUUUGGGUGCAGACAUCUUUGCUGCCCCGCCCAACGUGAAUGCAGCCGCCAGCUCCGGUUUUGCCAACUUUGCACAUUUCAACAGCGGCACAACAGCACAGAAUACCAACGCAGAUGCAGACUUUGCUAAUUUUGAUGCAUUCAAGAGCGCAUCAGCAGCGACUGGUGGUUUCCCCUCUGCACCCCAGGUCCCAUUUCAGCCCACAAACACAGCAUUCACUGUGCUCUCAUCCAGUCGCAGUAUGGGUGAGUUUACCACAGCUCUGCCUCUCCAGAGUGCACACAGAGGAAGUGCGGUGAGCUUAUCUGCAUCGACGGCAGCAGGUUUGCCUCAGAAGCAGCCAGCAGCUCUAGUGGGGGGCGACCGCUAUGCUGCUCUGGCUGAGCUCGAUACGGUCUUCAGCCCCUCAGUCCCUGCCGCCAGUGUUUACAACACAUCCACCACCUCACAAGGGGGGAUGUUUGGCUCAGAGAUGGGCGUGUCCACAGCACAACCACAGCAGCCCAUGCCUCCCAUGGCUCAGAGUUUUGGAGGAGCACAGUCAACCAAUCCAUUUGUAGCUGCUGGUGUUGCUGCAGCAGCAGCUCCUACCAACCCAUUCCAGUGCAAUGGCAGAGCAGCAAAUGUGGCAGCUGCGGCAGGUUUGAUGAGUGUUCUUCAAUGGGAAAGUUAUACUCCCUCCUUCGCAUCUUUUGGAACAGGCUCCAUGAGUAUGCCCUCUGGGUUUGGGAAUGCUGCAGCCUACAACCUUCCCACCAGCUUUAGUGGAACAUUCCAGCCACCCUUUCCUGGCCAGGCUCCCUUCCCUCAGCCUCCUGCAUUUCCCCAGCAACCCAACGGUGGAGGAUUCCCAGCAUUUGGCCAGGCCAAGCCUGUUGUGACUCCUUUUGGACAAGUGAUGCCAGGAACUAUGGUCCCUAGCAACCCCUUUCUGGGAUCAGGUCCACCUGCACAGUACCCGGCAGGAGGCUCCUCAACAAACCCAUUCUUAUAGCAAUCCAUCCAGCCAGCUGCACUACAGGGUCAACAACUGGCGCGCUUGCACCUAUUGCACUGUUUUGUUUCACAAGUAGCUUUAAAAAACACAAUGUUUGUAAGAAUUUGUAUUUUCUAUCGCAGUUUGUCACAAAUGGAACAAUAUGUGAGACAGUGAUGCCCGGGGCUAUGACUCGACAUGAUGGUGUGUUCGGAGGGAGAGGUUGAUCCUCUCCUCUCUAUUUAACCUGUGAACUGGCCUAGCCUCUACUGAGCCACAGUGUAUAAUCAAACUGGCUGAAAACUAAGUUAUUACGUACAGUAUAUCCCAUUCAUUAUGCUGCAAUUCUGUACAUAUUAAUUUUCUUUUAGAAGAUUAGCUCUUUGUGCAUAUCAGUAUUUGUAAACCACAAGAUUUGUUAAGACAGUUGUUGCUUGGGUACUGCCAGUUACUGUAUUUGUUCAAAGCAAAACUGUUUAUUUGUGCAGAAUUCGUUUUUGGGUAAAUUGUUCUCAUGAAAAAAAUGCUGAAAGAGAAGAAAACAAAUCGAUGCUGCAUCUGGGGACAUGUUUAUCCGCCAUCCCCUGCCCUGCUGACAGUGACCAUGGUCAUACUUUUGAACAACAGUCAACCACAAGCACGUGGAGAAUCAGAACUCCUGAUUGACUGAAAAUCACUUCCAUUGGAUAUGAAAUAAUUUAAGUUAAUGUGUAAAUAUAUACAGUAUAUAUAUUAAAAUGAAUUCUAAAUAACAAAUGACCAAAGCAUUCAUUUGUGUAUAUGUAUGAAAAGUCUUGUUUAUACUCAAAAACCGAUUUGUUUCAGUCAGUAACUUUUUUUUUUACUUUUAACCCAUUAUGACCUGAUGCAACAUAUGACAUAAACUAUUACAACUCCAAUAAAACAAAAUCUUGAUGUGCAUAAAGGAACUGGCAGUACUUUACUCUAAAAGCAGGUUAACUGAAAUGAUUUCUAAUUUCUUUGCAGGCUGAAAAGAUAAAAGCUCUGAGUGGGAAACUAUGUUUUUGGGAAAAUCUUUCAUAGGAUUUCUUUUUUUAAUAACAGCAAAACACGGGUCAUAAUGGUUUAAAAUGACAUGGCCACAAUGUGCUGCGGAAACUCAGCUGAUUAGCUCAUUUUCCAGUGUUGUCGUGUUCAGAAUUUGUGUUCUUCACUGACUGGAGAGUCUUUUUUGUCUGACUGUCUCUCUGGUCGGCUUCUCUGGGUUUUCCAAAUGUUAAAAAGUCCUCGAAUUGAAAAAAUCACAGAGAUGGCAGAGAAGUAACUCGAGUAUAU